CGAGAGAGGGAGAGAGUUGAUCUGGAUAACCAAACCAGUGCACAAGGCUAUCACAACCAGCAUGGAGGUGUUGACAGAACAGGACGUUCAAAAGUAUCGGGAGGAGGGGUAUCUGGUGCUCGAAGGCUUUCUGUCUCCGGAGGAAUGUGACGCGCUUCGGGAGCGCACGAGCGAGAUCGUGGAGCGCAUGGACGUGCCCGCGCACUGCAGAACACAGUUCUCCACCGACCACGACGAGCAGCUCAAAUCACAAGGAAAUGCAGAUUACUUCAUCACCAGUGGAGACAAGAUUCGCUAUUUCUUUGAGAAGGGAGUGUUUGAUGAUAAAGGGGAGUUUAUUGUGCCAAGAGAACGUUCACUCAAUAAAAUUGGACAUGCUCUUCACGCUUAUGAGCCGCUGUUUAAAUCAAUCACACACUCAUCAAAAGUUCAGAAUUUGGCGCAGAAGCUUGAGUUAAUAAAUCCAGUAAUUCUGCAGAGUAUGUACAUCUUUAAGCAACCAGGCAUUGGUGGAGAAGUGACACCUCACCAGGACGCCACAUUCCUGUACACCGAGCCUCUGGGAAGGGUGAUGGGGAUGUGGAUCGCUCUAGAAGACGCCACUGUUGACAACGGCUGUCUGUGGUUCAUACCAGGAUCACACAAGAAUGGAAUUAGCAGGCGAAUGGUGCGGACACCUAAGGGCAUGUUUCCAAUGACUGAUUUCAUCGGCCGAGAACAGACUCAUGACAGCAAGCUUUUCAUCCCUGCUCCGGUUAAAAAGGGUGGAGUGAUUUUAAUCCAUGGCGAGGUGGUCCACCGCAGUGCUGAAAACACAUCGGAUCGCUCUCGUCAUGUUUACACCUUUCACAUUAUGGAGUCGGAAAACACCGUUUGGAGUCCGGAGAACUGGCUUCAGUCUACCGACGAGUUGCCCUUCCCCUCUCUCUACUCAUAAACAUCCAGAAAAACAUUCACAAGAAAUCUUAUUUACUUCUACAAGGACAAUGAAUGUUUAUGGACAAAUAUGAGCCUUUUUUACUUCCAAGUGCAUAUGAGAUUACGUACUACAUGGACCGAAAAAUGGAACAUUCUGUCUUAUCAGAAAAUGUGAAUUAGUUCUCUUUUACAGCCACAACAGUGUUAAUAAAUGGCAUCUUUUUAGUCA